AUGACCACAGCAGCAAGACCUACAUUUGAACCUGCAAGAGGUGGAAGAGGGAAAAGGGAAGGUGAUUUGAGUCAGCUUUCAAAACAAUAUUCAAGCAGAGAUCUACCUUCUCACACAAAGAUAAAAUACAGACAAACCACUCAGCAUGCUCCAGAAGAGAUUCGCAACCGUGAUUUCAGGCGAGAACUAGAAGAGAGAGAGAGAAUUGCUGCAAGAGAAAAAAACAGAGAUCGUCCAACUAGAGAGCAUGUGUCUAAGAAACCUCGAUUAGAUCAGAUUCCUGCAGCCUACCUUGAUGCAGAUGAUCCCCUAACAGAUGAAAACAAAGAUGAGGAUGAUUUUGAGGAAGAAGAUAAUGAUGAUGACACUGCAGUUCUAUUGGCAGAACUAGAAAAAAUAAAAAAAAGAGCUGAAGAACAAGCUCGGAAGGAACAAGAACAAAAAGCUGAAGAAGAGAGAAUUUGGUCGGAAAAUAUUCUUUGUGGAAACCCUCUCCUAAAUCUCACUGGUCCCUCUCAGCCUAAGGCCAAAUUCAAAGUAAAGAGAAGGUAGGAUGAUGAUGUUGUCUUUAAGAACUGCGCCAAAGGAGUAGAUGAGAGGAAAAAAGAAAAAAGAUUUGUAAAUGAUACCCUUCGAUCAGAGUUUCACAAAAAAUUCAUGAAGAGAUAUAUCAAAUAGUAGUUUUAUAUGGUUAAAAUAUUACAAAGGGGGCUCAUUCAAACUUUAAGGAUCAUUCUAGCUUUAAUUUCAUCAGGAUUUACUUUUCAUGCUCUUAAUGGCUUAUAGAUUUCCUGCAUUUAAAAUUCUAAAAUGCCUUUUUUGUUUGGCCAAUAAUAUUUUAUUUGAUAAUGGCAUCCUAGAUUUAGGUUUAACCCCUCU